GCCUCUUCUUGAGCAUCCAUGGAAGGGAGAUGAGCCUCAGCGUCUAAUCCGAGGGUUGUCCAUCUUAUCCCUUCCGACUCCCGAAUUCAAUUGGCGCGACUUAUAAGCUGCGCACAGCAGGGUGCCUUGUUUAGUGUGUGUUUUGUACCCUCAACGUCAAGUGCCAUCAUCCUAUACAUCGGGAGGACACUCGACAUCUUCUAACUGGAAACUAACUUACUAAUGCAAGGGCGAAACCACGAGAUUACCAGCAUGAGAUGGCUACCAAUAACCACGUGUGCAGUAGCGCUUCUACUUGGAUCAUUGACUCCGGCACAUGCUCAGAAUGGCUACAACUAUGACCGACCCAAGAAUCCACUACCCAGUGGUCCUGGAAGUAGACCUGGAACAUCACCUGGAACUCCAGGAAGCCCAGGAGGUGGCUAUCAGUAUCCUAAGCCUGGUGAAAGCUUCCCAGGAUCCUCCACUCCAGCAAGACCAAGUGGAUUUCCUGGUUCUUCCACCCAGGGACCAAGCUACUCAACAGGUCGACCUUCCACAACUGGAAGUUUCCCAUCUGGUCCACUCUCGGAUGAAUCACCAUCAGGUCCUGCAGGAGGAUACCCUGGUGGUGUUAGUCAAGGAUAUCCCUCAGGUAGACCUGGAGUAACUGGGCAGCCUGGCAGUAUUGGGAGUGAUGGAUUUUCUGGAGGAUCGCAAGGAUACCCCUCUGGUAGACCAGGAUCUCCAGGAGGAAGUUUCGGUCCAUCAUCAAGCCAGGGGGGCUCACCUGGAUCAUCACAAGGCUAUCCUUCAGGAGCUCCUGGAUCAAGUGGACAAGGAGGCUAUCCUUCUGGACCUUCAAGUCAACCUAAUGGACCAGGAGUUGGUGGUUACCCAAGCACGCAAGGAUAUCCAACAGGUGGCCCAGGAUUCCCAGGACAGAGCAGUACAGGUCGUCCAGGAUCUCAAGGAGGCUUCCCUGGAAAUCAACAAGAUGUUUACCAACCAGGUGGACCAGAAAGUUCAGGUUAUCCAGGCAGUGGACCAGGCUCACAAGGUCCAGUAGGUCCUGCAGGUGGAGCACAAGGACCAGGAGGCUUCCAAGGAGGAUCUUCCGGUGGAUUUCCAGGAGGUUCUCCAGCUGGGCAAGGACCAAGUAGUUUCCAGGGUGGCAAUGCAGGAAGUAUUGGACCUAGUAGCUUCCAAGGUGGCACUGCUGGCAGUCAAGGACCAAGUAGCUUUCAAGGAGGAAAUGCUGGUGGACAGGGUCCAAGCGCAUCUCAAGGAGGAUUUGGAGGAGGACAAAGCCCAAGUGCUUUUGGAGGUGGUGGUGCAGGAGGUCAGGGACCUAGCAGUUUCCAAGGAGGCAAUGCUGGUGGACAGGGUCCAAGCACUUCUCAAGGAGGAUUUGGAGGAGGUCAAGGUGGCAGCUUCUCUGGACCAGGACAGAGUUCUGGCUCUGAAGAUGAUGGAAGCUAUGAUGGAGGUGACUACUCAGCUAUUCCAGGUGAACCAGGAACAGACUACCCCAUUUUCUCAGAGAUCCCACAGACGUCAUUCAAAUGCCAGAAUCAACCUUUACCUGGUUAUUAUGCUGACGUUGAGGCUAGAUGUCAAGUAUUCCACAUAUGUGCUAACAAUAUAACCUAUGAUUUUCUGUGUCCCAAUGGUACCAUAUUCCAUCAGCAACAUUUUGUUUGUGUAUGGUGGAAUCAAUUUGAAUGUGAUACUGCACCAAGCUUGUUCAACUUAAAUGAGAAACUGUAUGAUUACUCAAUCAAGGGCAGUCAGCAAGGUGGUCAACAAGGUCCAUCCGGUCCCAGUGCUUCAUUUGGAGGUCAGCAAGGCCCACAAGGUCCCAGUGCUUCUUUUGGAGGUCAGCAAGGCCCACAAGGUCCAUCAGCAAGCUUUGGAGGUCAGCAAGGCCCACAAGGUCCAUCAGCAAGUUUUGGAGGUCAACAAGGCCCACAAGGUCCAUCAGCAAGUUUUGGAGGUCAACAAGGCCCACAAGGUCCAUCAGCAAGUUUUGGAGGUCAACAGGGUCCUCAAGGACCAUCUGCCAGUUUCGGAGGUCAGCAAGGACCACAAGGUCCAUCUGCCAGCUUUGGAGGUCAACAGGGUCCACAAGGCCCAUCUGCCAGUUAUGGAGGUCAGCAGGGUCCACAAGGUCCAUCUGCCAGCUUUGGUGGUCAGCAGGGACCUCAAGGUCCAUCUGCCAGUUUUGGAGGUCAGCAGGGUCCACAAGGCCCAUCUGCCAGUUUUGGAGGUCAGCAGGGACCACAAGGUCCAUCUGCUAGUUUUGGAGGUCAACAGGGACCACAAGGUCCUUCAGCUAGCUUUGGAGGUCAGCAGGGACCCCAGGGUCCAUCUUCAAGUUUUGGAGCACCUUCCCGCCCACAAGGUCCAUCCACAUCUUUCCCAGGAUCAAGUCCACAAGGUCCAGGAAUACAAAGUCCAGCUGCUGACACCCCAUUUGAUGAGGGUUAUCCCAGUGAUAAACCACAAGGCUUUGGUCCUGGAACAAGUACAGGGUUCCCUGGUCGACCCAGUGGUCCAGGCUUCCCAGGUUCAGGCUCAGAUGAUUCAGGCUAUCCAAGUCAAAGACCUCAAGGACCUGCUUCAGGUUUCCCAGGUAUCCCCUCAGGCUCUCCUCCCAAUAGGGAGUAUCUUCCACCCAUAAGAAGAUAGUAUUCUCAAGAAAAAAUAGGCCUCAGAGAACAAAAAUUAAUUUGAAUAAGUUGGUUUACUAGCAUCAACGUGUAGUUGAACACUGUUGAUGAAGAAGAUAUGACUUUGUUAUAACUGUAACACAAAGACACUUGGUUCAUAAUACAAAUUAUAAAAAAUUUGGCUCUGCAUCUUCAAUUUAUGAUUUGUACUCGAAGAGAUGAACAUCGCUAUAUCAAUAUUGUAUAUUCAGUGGAUGAAUCUAGAUGAGCUCAAAUAAAAUUGUCAAACUAUAAUUAUAUAUAUCUUCAAGUUCUGGAAAUAAAUGUGGAUGAAUGACUUUGAAUAUGGUAGACAAUGUAAAUAUUAGACGUCUAAUACAUUCCAAUUGAUCAGGAUAUAGAAUUUAUUCGUUUUGUAUCUUGUGAAUUGUUCAGACUACCAGUAAUGAAUCAACAUUUAAUAGCAAGUGUUGAAUUUACCACUAACCUAUAUCCUGGUCAUCUCAAUUGGAAACUUUACCUUUGUAAGUUACCAUGUUAGAUGUAAUAUUUAUAAUAAUAUUUUAUACUUUUUAUACCGAUAAUUAUUGUAAAGUUGCCAUAAUAUUAAAUGAAAUUUGUAUUUUUU